UGUACCCAUAGGCUUAUAUCACUAACACGCUACCAAAAACCAAGUACUUCUACGAUUCCACUUAAGAAAAACCUAAUUCCGCAAAGCCAUCUUCACUUUUUAUUAUCAAAUAAAACACCCAUCUUCGUAUUGCUUUCAACAUGAGAAAUAUCAAAACUUUCAACAUGUUUUUCUUCUUAGUUUUCUUAGUCUUCAUCGUCCUCCCUAAUCCUUCUAUGAUGGCCCAAGAACCAAAAUUCCCAAAUAGUAUUUUUCUCUUAGCCGGCCAAUCCAACAUGGCUGGACGUGGAGUCAUCAUGCCUGGUCAAGCCACUCCUAGUAGUCCUAACAUUCUUCAACUCGGCUUAAACCACACUUGGUUCGAAGCCCAUGAGCCUCUGCACAAGGAAAUUGAUGAAGGAAAACGCUGUGGGAUUGGACCUGGAAUGUCUUUUGCCAAAACGGUUCUAGCCAUGGAACCCAACAUGGGUGUGAUUGGUCUGGUGCCUUGUGCCAGAGGAGGGACUGGACUAAAGCAAUGGGCUCGUGGGUCUAAGCUUUAUGAUAACUUGGUACAAAGGGCCUAUGCAUCCACAAAGUUUGGUGGGAAAAUUAAAGGCCUCCUUUGGUUUCAAGGGGAAACAGAUACAAGUAGUACAGAAGAUGCCCUUCUAUACGAGACAAGAUUGCCCAAGUUUUUCAAUGACCUUCGAGAUGACUUGCAUCUUCCUGAUCUGCCAAUAGUCCAGGUCGCACUUGCAUCAGGGUAUCACUCCGAUCUUAUAACAACUGUAAGACAGGCCCAACUUUUUUUAUGUCUAAAAAAUGUUAGGACUGUUGAUGCUUGGGGCCUUCCCCUUGGGCUGGAUGGACUCCAUUUGAAUACUGAUGGUGCAGUUCGCUUGGGCCAGAUGUUAGCCCAUACCUUUCUUUCUUUCAAACCAAAACAUAAAUGGGUUGGCGGUAGAAAGUUUGGAUACCAAAUUUCUUAUUCGACGACAAAAUACUUUAUUAAUAAGAACUCAUAA